AAAAAUUAGGGCAAAAAUAAAUAAAAUUCACAAAGAGAAAACACAAACUGGUAAAUAAUGGACGAAUUGGUAGCAUACUACCUACCACAACCACCACCGGCGGUCCAAUACUCAUACCACCAGCCACCACCACCACCGCCGGGAGCGACAUAUCCACCGUACAACCACCACCAACCACCACCAGCAGCAGCGGUAGCACAGCCUGCUAUAUAUACGACGUCGUUUCAAGAUGAAGUUAGAACGUUAUUUAUAGCAGGACUACCAGAAGACGUAAAAGCUCGUGAAAUAUAUAAUUUGUUUCGUGAAUUUCCUGGUUAUGAAUCUUGUCAUCUCCGUAGCCCUACACCUACUCAAAUUCAGCCGUUUGGAUUUGCGGUAUUCAUCGAUCAGCCGUCUGCUAUUGCAGCAUUGCACGCUUUAAAUGGUAUGGUUUUUGAUCUUGAGAAGGGUUCUAAGUUAUUUAUUGAUCUUGCAAAGUCAAAUUCAAGGUCUAAACGUUCAAGACCUGAUGAUGAAAGACAUGGAUUUGACAAAAGGGCAAAGGGAACUUCUGCAUUUUCAAGGGCUUCUGAUCCUGGUGUUGGCAGCGUUCACGUACCUGGAUUGAAUAAUUCUGCUUACAGCAUGAUUGGUUAUCCUUCUGCACAAAGUCAUGGAAGCUUCAAUAGUAGAGCUGUGAACACUAGUGCAAGACCGAGAAACUCAACCGCACCCCCAUGUCCAACAAUAUUUGUGGCUAAUUUGGGACCAACUUGUACUGACCAGGAGCUAACUCAAGUAUUUUCAAGAUGCCGAGGAUUUCUCAAGUUAAAGGUGCAGAGUACAUAUGGGACACCGGUGGCAUUUGUUGACUUUGUGGAUACGGCGUGUUCAACUGACGCGUUAAAUCAUUUACAAGGCACUGUUUUAUACUCAUCAGUAUCCGGCGAAGGAAUGCGGUUAGAAUUUGCUAAAUCGCGGAUGGGAAUGCGAAGUAAGAAGUCUAGGUAAAUACAAAAGUUUACUUUGCCAUCGGAAGUAAGUAAUGAAGUCAAGUCGAACUCUCUGUAAUGUCAUGCUGCAUUCUGUUCCUAAAUUAACAACAUUUUUUCCCCCUUUUUUUGUUUCAUUUUUAAUAUAGAGAGUGAAUGCCUUGUCCCCUCUUGUAUUGUUCUUCUCAUAUUCACUCUUGAUUGUUACUCUGGGUAUUAGACUGUUAGUAUUAUGGUUUAGCGUAGUUGGCACAAUAUAAUUAGGUAUGUUACAUAUAUUGAUUCCGACAAUUUCCUUUUGUUUAUUAUACCUAUAUUGUACCCCUAAAUGCAUUCAUCAUGUCCAUUUGGUUGCUAACAUAUGUCCCCCAAGCUCUUGGAGACUGUCAGCAUGCGGAUAUGAGACACUUAAGCAAUCCCAGAUGUCAAUUAUCGGGAUCGUUUAAUCUGGCAAAAUGCAUCUGCAGGGAAUUUACUCUCAGUUAGUUUUAAUUAUAGGAAGAGUGCCUUGAAGAUUAAUGGCUCACACCCCAUGUUGAAAAUGUUUACUAAACUAGAAUUAGCAAAAUUGGUUAAAGUAAUGUCUUUUUACACGCACUACGCAUUUGUAUAAUAAUAUUUUGAGGAUAUGAGGCGUCUAGGUCCCUGGGAUGUCUUUUCAUACUGUUGUGGAAGUGUUGUAAAGUGAUUUACUAAAUUAUUAAGAUCUUAAGUGAA